UUUUUUUUUUUUUUUGUUGUCAUAAAUAUACCGCAUGGAUCAUCACCCUUCUUCUGUACAUACGAUUCCUCGUGACUGUGAAAUGCAAUCGUCGUCGUGGUCGAGCCGGUCCAACCGUAGAAUGAAUAGAGGCUCCAUUGCCUACGAUGGCGGACCCAUUCCCGAUGUUGUCAGAGAUAGUUAUACAAUGCAACGGUUACCUGUACGAAAGCAAAGUUUGGCCGCUUACCGUGACCAUGGUGUCGCGGUUCCAACGGCAUCCUCGGUUGACUCACUUUCCUUGGCCUCGCCGACCAGUUUAAGCUCCAGCCCCAAAUCCGCCAAAUCCAUGUUCGCCAGUAGCUCACUACAAAAGGCCGCACGCUCCGCCCUUAAACUCGCCCGACACAGUCGAAUUGAUCCUACGCCGAGACAUCGAGACGACCUAACCUCCAGUCCACCGGAGAUUCAUGUAAGUCUAGAUGAAGAAUCGUCCCCUACCGAUACUGUGAUGGCAUCGCCUUUGGAAAUGGAAAAUGAGUUGGACGGACCUCGAUUCACUGCAUCAUGCGAUGGUAGUAAAAAGGAUAAAAAUGGAGAUGCUGAGGGAAUUUGGGAAAUGGAAGAGGAACCUGUGCAACGUCGAUCACGUCGAUCGAAACAUCGUGGUACUGCAGAAAUGAGGCCAAGUAAAUCGGAAUCGAGUCUCCACGUUCAUGCAAUACGCACCGACAGCCUUGUACGAGACAGUGAUCACCAUGCUUCCAGUGACGAGUUACUGUCGCCCAGUUCGCUCACCAAGCUUCGUCAUGUGUUAUUUCCACUUCUGCAUCUGCAACGCGACGAAAAGUCGGUGCGAAUGAAAUCGCCCGCUUUGAUUUAUCCUGCUUUGCUCUCGUGCGUAGCCGCGGAACUGCACCGAUGCUUAAUCACUGGUACCAUGACGAAAAACGACAUCAUGUAUCGCGACGUUUUCACCGGCGAACAAGCUGUUGAUUGUCUCCUUCCGAUUAUCCGUAGCCGCGAUCGGAACCUGGCCUUGCUGGUCGGGCGCGCCUUGGAUCGACAGGGAUUUCUCCAUGAUGUCAACUACGAACAUCGUCUACGGGACUCGGCCCACGAACUCUAUCCAGAUCGAUCCGAUAUGAAUGGUGUUUUUACCGUUUUGACGGAAUGUUAUGCACCUACAUGUACUCGAAACACGCCAUGUUACAGUGUGCAUUGCCCCCGAGCUCUCAAAAAGGAUUUAUGUCGUGCCGAGAGUCAAUCGUCUUUGCCGGAAAAGAAGGAACCGGAUCUGUGGAUGCAUUCGGUUCCCAAAGAAAUUGUCGAAGCCACCGAUCCACGUGAACGUAAAAGGCAAGAAUGUAUCUUUGAACUGAUCUAUACCGAGCAAAACUUUGUCGAAGAUCUACACUAUCUGCAUGAAAACUGGGUGAAACCAUUAAUUACAAGCGACAUUAUUCCGGAAGAGCGGCGUGAACUGUUUGUGCAAGAAGUGUUUUGGAACGUAUCGGAUAUUGCCAAAGUCAAUGGCGCAUUACUGGAAGCGUUGACCAAACGUCAGACGGAGCAACCGGUCAUUAACGGUGUAGGCGAUAUCAUGGUCAAAUACGCUCAUCAAUUUGGUCCCUUUGUCGCCUAUGGCGCCCAUCAAGCCAUUGGCAAAUUCAUGUUUGAACUCGAACGCAAGAAAAAUCCAAGAUUUGCCCAGUUUAUUCAAGAUACCGAGCAUCGUCCUGAAGCGCGACGAUUGGAGCUGAAUGGGUACUUGACGAAGCCGACGUCGCGUUUAGGUCGCUAUAACUUACUGUUACGCGAAAUUUAUCAUCGUACGACCAAACCCAGCAAUGACGCAGAGAAACUACAGCAAGCCAUGCAGAUCAUCACUCAUUUUCUCAAUCAACUCAAUACCGAAGUCGGACGGUCGGAAAACAUGUUCAAUUUGCAGCAAAUAGCGGAGAGGAUUUAUUUUACGUGUGCCGAACACGACGUGAAUCUCAGGUUAUUUGAACCGGAGCGACGGUUGAUUAUGCAGGGUAGAAUGAAGCGAAAAGACAGCAGUUUAUCCGAAGCGUCCGAAGCUCAAGUAUUUCUGUUCGACCACUAUGUUGUUUUUGCAAAGAUUCGCUAUUUCGAUCAUUUGGAACGAUAUAAAGUGUAUCGAAAGCCGAUUCCUUUACAAGAUCUUUCCGUGUCAGCGCCGCCAUCCAAGGCGAUGCGAAAACGGCGAGCAUCGCUUUUAUCUUACAGCAAAAUUGGCAGUGCAUCCUUGACGCCAUUGAGUGGAAUAGCAGGAGGAGUAGAAGAAGCAAGUCACCAAGUGAAUGAAACGGCUGGGUCCCUUUCAUCACCUAUCUCAGGAAUUGGUGGUGGUGGAGGAGGUGGAGGAGGAAGCAGUAGUGGUCACGCGAUCACGUUUUAUCAUCAUGGACGCGGAGGUUCUUCUCCUAUCACGUUAUAUGUUGCUUCCGAAACCACUCGAAGAUCGUGGAUAAGCAAAAUUAAUGAACAAAAACAACUGCUCCUAUCGAAUGGAAGUAUCAGUAGCAGCAACAGCAGGACCCUUUCCACCACGUUGUAAAUAGUCGACAAAGGGAGGACAAUGAGAUCUCACACCUAUUUUUUUUCUGGCCUUUUUCGUUCAUCUGAAGCCCUGGCAAACAUACCAUGGUGGAGCUUUACAGUGAGCGCCAUCAAAAUACAUGUUGAACCGCCCAAGACAAAAAAAAUUGCACAUUUGCAUUCACUAGGGAACGAAACCCUAUGGCAGCCGUUAAAAAAUUGAUUUGUUUCAGUGGACCAACCUCCACAAAAAACAAGGAGAAACACCCAUGUAUACAUUUAGAAAAUCAUGUACAAAGAGAUACAAGAAAAUAAACAUGGCAUCAAGCCC